CUAAUCUACUGUUAAACCAACUGUGACCAACUUUCAAGAGUUCCUGUUGUAAACACAAUACCGUUACUAGUUUGAUGUUUCUAUAAUCGUAAUCUAAGCAAUUAUGGUUCGGCCAACUCGACCAAGUCAACGAAGCAACGCAUUCCGACUAUGGCUGCUUCCAAAUGCAUCUUCACUCCACGAGUUUGGAAAGCGACACUUUCAAGGUGUAUUCACCGAGCCGCAAGUGUUCUGAACACAGCGAAGGGAACUUUGUCAAGACCCGGAGCCCAACACUGUCCCCCCAUGGAGGAGAGCGGAGGAGCAGGAGGAGAGGUGGAGGAGAAGCAGGUGUUGGUGGAGGAGAGGGGUGUCUCUCCUGGAGGUUCCCCAGGGACGGAGGAGGGUUCCCCAGCCGUGGUCCGGCCCCGUGACCCCCCCACCUCCACCCUGCAGGACUCAGGGCCUCGGAAGAGCAGCUCCUCCCGCUCCUCCAGGAAGAGCUUCCGUCUGGACUACCGGUUGGAGGAGGAGGUGACUGGGUCGAGCCGGGACAAACAUGGCCGCUUCACUAACCCCUGGUCCACGUGGAAGUUCCCGUCCUGGUCCACCCUGCUGCGCUUCUUCCUGCUGGAGAAGGAUCACAGCAAUGUACCCAGCUCUAAAGAGGUCUUAGACAAAGAGCUCCCAGUAGUGGAGCCUUGGUUCCUCCGUGUCCCUGAGGCAGCAGACGGAGCCGUGGGGUCUGGUCUCAGGGUGACCUGGCUGGGCCACGCAUCAGUCCUGGUAGAGAUGGACGGCCUGGUCAUCCUCACUGACCCCAUCUUCAGCCAGAGGGCAUCUCCCUUCCAGUUCAUGGGCCCCAAGAGGUACCGGGAUCCCCCUUGUACGGUUGAUCAACUCCCCCGGAUCGACGCGGUUGUCAUCAGCCACUCCCACUACGACCAUCUGGACGCGGGCACCGUGACCCAGUUGAACGAGCGGUUCGGUGGGGAUCUCCGAUGGUUUGUGCCGUUGGGACUCAUGGACUGGAUGCAGAAGAGCGGGUGUGAGAAUGUGAUAGAGUUAGACUGGUGGGAGGAGAACUGUGUGCCAGGUCACGACGAGGUCACGUUUGUGUGUACGCCGGCGCAGCACUGGUGCAAGCGCACCCCCACGGACGAUAACCAGGUGCUGUGGGGGAGCUGGUCUGUGCUGGGGCCCUGCAACCGCUUCUUCUUUGCUGGAGACACCGGCUACUGCUCGUCCUUCCAGGAGAUUGGGAGGCGCGUUUUGGCGGUCCGUUCAGGUAUGAACUAG